AAAAAGGCAGGAAAGAGGAAGAUGUACCUUAAAUUCAGUUUAGGUUUUAGGAAACAUUCAAUAUGAAAUGUGAUAUUCACAAGUGAUGCUUCUCUUCUCUUCUCCUCUUUUCUCUUCUCUUCUCCUCUCCUCUCCUCUCUUCUCUUCUCCUCUCUUCUCUUCUCCUCUCUUCUCUUCUCUUUUCUUCUCCUCUCUUCUCUGGAGCAGUGAAAUUAUGAAGUUAACAGUGAAAAUGUAGAUGAUGUGUAAAUUUAGACACUCACAGAGGCCUGCAUGAGUCUGACACAUUUUAGUAGAUUUUUUUUUUGCUCACAGCUGGAUGAGGUGAAGUGAGAAAAUAAGGGAGGAGGCCACCACACAGACCAUCAGGAGUUCCUGUUUGCUGAGUCGCUUCUGCUAAAUGUUGGGUAACCUUUUACCUUUUUUUUUUUUUUUGGCCAAGAUUCAGCUGUUGUAAGACCGGUGUCAUAAUGUAGGGUACUAUUUGAUGAUUUCUAUGUGCUACACAUGUGACCUCUGAUUGCAUGGAAAAAAAGCUGCUGGAAAAAAGUGCCAAACAAUAUAAAUAAAUAAAUAAAUAAAUAAAUGUAUACGGAUAAAUUGGUAGCAAUUAUAUGGUAUGUUAUUUGUACAAAAAAAUGGAUUUGAAUGAAAUGUUUUGAUUUGUAUAGGUAAUUAGAUUGGGAUGAGUAGUCCUCUUAAGUUUUUAGACUUCUAUAAAUAAAUAAUAUAAUAUAAUACAUAAAUAAUUGCAUAUAUGCAUUAUAUAUUUUUCAUUUGAGAUUUAUUUGUUUAUUUAUGCUGUGCCACGUAAUUCAACAGCAUGAGGACACACAAAAUGUCCACACAAUGCAUGUGUUACACGCAAUGCACAUUUUUGCCUCGAAGAUGUCACAAUUCUUAAGGCUUGUUUAAAAACGUGUGAAAACACAGUUUAGUUCAGAACCCUUCCUCCGUUGGGUGUGUCAAAAUCUGCGACAGCAAGCUUCCUUCCUCGUUAUAGCUGUGUGUAGAGGAUGAGCUCUCAGUGGAUGGAUGGCUGCACAUACUUCAGCAUCACAUGCAUGAGGAGGCUGUAAGAGCUGCAGAACCAGCAGGAGAGGAAGUUUGAUUGCCUGACGAAAGACAAAAGAGUCUUCUCAGUGAGAUUCGAACCAAACCUCCUAAAAUCAAAGCUGUUUAUCAGUCAUGGAUUUGAUGAACACUCUCAGCUCCUCGGCGUCCUGCCCGCACCUGUACGACCGGAGCAACGGCAGCAUCAUCCUGCAGCAUUACAACUACACCGGGAGACUGCAGCACAGAACCGCAAACAAGAGCAGCAUCAGCACCGGUCCAGCUGCCCUCCUCUGCAUCAGCCUCCUGAUCGUGCUGGAGAACCUGCUGGUGCUGCUGGCCGUGCUGUUCCACGUGCGCAUGCGCCACCGCUGGCUGAACAUCUGUAUUGCCAACAUUGCGCUCAGCGAUCUGCUCACAGGCGCAGCCUAUGUGGUGAACAUCUGCAUGUCGGGAGCGCGCACUCUGCAGCUCAGCCCGCUCCUCUGGCUCCUGCGUGAAGGACUCCUGUUUGUGGCGUUGUCCGCCUCCGUGUUCAGUUUUCUGCUGAUCGCUGUGGAGCGCUACAUCACCAUGAUGAAGUCGGAGUCUGUGAACAGGGACAGGAAGACGUAUCGGAUCUACAUCAUGGUGGUGCUGUGCUGGGUCACAGCGUUCAUCAUCGGCUUCCUGCCGCUGUUCGGCUGGAACUGCGUUUGUGACCUAAGAGGGUGCUCAACUCUUCUGCCGUUGUACUCCAAGAGCUACAUCCUGUUCGCGCUGGUCAUUUUCUUCAUCAUCCUCCUGACCAUCAGCGGCCUCUAUUUUGCCAUCUACUGGCACGUCCGCAAGAAUACGGUGAAGAGCUCGGUGAAGAGCAACAAGCGGUCCAUCCGGCUCCUCAAGGCUGUGAUCUCCAUCGUGGGUGCUUUUAUGGUGUGCUGGGGCCCGUUGUUUGUCCUGCUCUUGGUGGAUUAUUUCUGUUACUCGCGCCACUGCGAUGCCCUCUUCAGCCCACAGUGGGCCAUCGCGCUAGCUGUCCUUAACUCAGCAGUCAACCCGUUCAUCUACUCGAUGGGCAGCCAGGAUCUGCGCAAGGCCAUCAGCAGACUGCUGUGCUGCAUCUGCCGCCCAGAGAGCUUCUCGUCCAAGGAGACAUCGAGCACUUCGGUGAGCCGCCAUAGCAGCCUGCGCAACAGCUUCAACAAGGUGCGGAACCUGAGCACGAGCCCACGGAGCCAGGAGAGGAGUGGCAAGAUGACGCGGCUGAGCUCCACCACCUCCUGCCUGUCUGCAUCGAGCACUUAAACCACAAAUUUCACAAAUAAACCACAAGAGUGUCACACACCCACAUGCACACAACCACAUGCACACACACACACACACAUCCACACACACACGCACGCACAAACACACACACGCACACACACACACACACA